AUGAUGAAACAAAACACACCUACAGACUUCACAAAAAUCAAUCAGGAGUCACUAAUAGAAAGAUUAUUCAGAUUCCUUGCAAUUUUGAUGGUCAUCUUAUUUCCGGUGGCCUUACUGAGUUGUUUUAAGGUUGUGAAACAGUACAAAAGAGCAGUAAUUUUGCGUUUUGGACGAGUGAGAAGUGACUCCCCUGCCGGGCCUGGUAUCAUUUGGGUGGUGCCUUGCACGGACGUUGUUUCGUUUGUCGAUCUCAGGACACAAUCCUUCAAUUUACUACCGCAGGAGAUUCUUACAAAAGACUCUGUAACUGUUACAGUAGAUGCUGUGGUAUAUUGUCAUGUUUUGAACCCUUUAAACUGCUUUUUCAAUGUCCAAUCUUACAAAUAUGCAACAGAGUUAUUGGCUAUAGCUAUUUUAAGAAAUAUUUUGGGUCAAUACACAUUGACCGAUCUGUUGACAAACCGUGAGUUAAUCAGCCAAGCGAUUCGUAAUGAAAUUGAUAAAGGAACUGUCGAAUGGGGCGUUGAAGUGGAACGCGUGGAAAUAAAAGAUGUAAUCUUGCCUUACGAACUACAAAAAGCAAUGGCUGCGGAGGCUGAAGGAACUCGCAUUGGUAAAGCGAAAAUCAUAGAAGCCGAUGGUGAAAUUAAAGCCGCGGAAAAUUUAAGAGAGGCCUCUAAUAUCAUGACAGAAAGACCACAAACUAUCCUUCUAAGAUACUUGCAAACUUUAAAUUCUAUAACAUCGCAAAGUAAAACGUCAAUUAUUUUCCCCUUUCCAAUAUCAAUACCAAAUGCUCAAUAAAUACGAGCAAUCAAAAGAAGUCUUCUUUAUUUUAUUCUAUUUGAAAUAAAAUCUUUUUUGAU